AUGGACUCACUCCAGAACUUGCCACUGGCAUACGCCUCCGUCUCGAUUGGCUACAAAGACGAGCACACGCUGCCGAAGAAGCUUGAUGCCAUCGCAAAUGCUGGUUUCCAAGCAAUUGAACUUGGAAUGCCAGAUCUGGUGGCGUUUGCCAACCAACAUCUGAAGACUGGCCAGCAAGGAGGAUCCAAGGGGAUUGGCGACCACGAUUUCGAUGAUCUCGUUUCUAUCGGCAAACUUCUCAAGACGAUGCUCGAUGCUAAGCGUCUCAAAGUCUUCAUGAUGCAGCCCUUCGCCAACUUCGAAGGCUGGCUAGAGGCUUCCCCAGAGCGAAAGGAUGCCUGGGAGAGAGUCGAAGGCUGGACGAGCGUGAUGGAAGCUGUCGGAUGCGAUAUGCUUCAAGUUGGAUCUUCAGACUCACCCGAGGAGAAGAUUGGCAAAGAUCGUGGGCGUUUCGUGAAAGACCUUCGUGAGCUGGCAGACAAGCUUGCUCAAAAGAACAUGCGCGUUGCCUACGAGAACUGGUGCUGGUCAACCCAUGCUCCAGACUGGGCAGAUGUCUGGGAUAUAUGCCAGAAGGUCGAUCGACCUAACUUCGGCCUCUGUCUCGACACCUUCCAAUCUGCUGGUGGCGAGUGGGGCGAUCCGACCACGAAAUCCGGCAUACUCGAGGAUGGCCGUACCCCAGAACGGGUAGAGGCAGACUGGAAGAAGUCCUGCAACCGUCUGGCCACGACAGUACCGAAAGACAAGAUCUAUCUUCUCCAGAUCUCUGAUGCAUACAAGGUCAAUCAGCCACCAGUUGGUCCGCUUGAGAAGAAGGAGAUUGAUGGUCUGCGACCGCGUGGCAGGUGGAGCCAUGACUUCCGACCGCUACCAUUCGAGGGCUAUCUGCCCGUCGUGGACUUUACAAAGGCUGUACUGGAUACUGGCUUUCGAGACUGGUUCUCUUACGAAGUCUUCGAGCUGAGGGCACCAGAUGGUAAGCCUAAAGAAUACGACAUCCACGACUUCGCAAAGCAAGCCAUGAAUACGCAGAAGCGCCUUGUUGAGGCUGUCGCCAAGGCCUCGUGA